UUGAACAAGCGCAGCAGCAGCAGUUGGUCCGGCGGAGCGGAGCGGAGGCCGGGAUGAAGAAGAGGAUGACGGUGAUGAUGGCGACUGUCACAGCGAUUCUUUAACAGGAAAAAUACAAAGCAUCUCCGCAAUGGAAGGACAUGUUAUUCCCGACCAAGAGCAGCUCCUGCAGUUUCUCCGGAGACUCAAGGAGGUUUUCGACGUGUGUGACGAGGAUGCUGACGGCUUCAUCCGUGUGGAGCACCUGGUAGACCUCGGGCUUCAGUUCGGCCAAGGAGACGAGGUGAAGAAGUUAACCAGGUACCUGGAUCCUAACGCUCAUGGGAAGAUCAACUUCAAAGACUUUUGUCACGGAGUGUUCGCCAUUAAAGGUUGUGAGGAGAUACUAAAGAUGGCCGUGGGUCCUCGCAGUGUGACCUCCACCCAGCCGUCUGUUACUGACAAUGGUUACAUUUACCAGAACGGCACGGCCAAGCUGGGCCCUCCAAUCAUCAUGUGUACGCGCUCCUACCCAGAAGGCAGUGUGUAUGGUGAGGGUUGUGCUGACGGGGAGUGUGACAUGGACAGCAGCACUGAAAACGGCAACGGCUGCGACUCUUUGGAUCCAACACGGCAGGGCAGCCUCCUGACUGGCUCAGCGUCCGCAUCUGUGAUCUCUGGGGAGGAGCAGUUUGAGGACUACGGGGAGGGGGAGGAUGUGGAUUUUACUCCCAGUAGUCCUUGCCCUGAAGAUGACACCCGAACAAAUGGCUUCUCGGACCUGGGGUCCUCACUCCCCUCCAGUGCUGGGCAGACUCCUCAGAAGAUGCGGCAGCUGUAUAACAGUGAGCUGCUGGACAUCUAUUGUUCUCAGUGCUGCAAAAAAGUGAAUCUACUCAAUGACCUGGAAGCUCGACUUCGAAACCUGAAGGCCAACAGCCCUAAUAGAAAGAUUUCCAGCACAGCGUUUGGACGUCAGCUGUUCCAGGCCAACCACAGUGUGUUUGGAUCCAGUCAGGGCAGCAGCACAGAGGAUCUGUUCACUGACAGCAUCGACUCCUGCGACCUCGACAUCACCGAGAAGGUCAGUUAUCUGGAAAAGAAGGUGACAGAGUUGGAAAGCGACAGUCUGGCCAACGGAGACCUGAAGUCAAAACUCAAACAUGAGAACACACAACUUGUACACAGGGUUCAUGAGCUGGAGGAGCAGGUAAAGGAUGCAGAAACAAGGGCAGAUCAGAGUCUGCAGGAUGAGACCAAGAGGCACCGGGAGGCUUACAGCAAGAUGGACAGAGACAGAAACAUGGAAAUAGACCUGCUCUGUAACAGGCUACAGCUGUUGGAAGAAGAGAAUGAAGAAAUGAAGUUAAAUGUGUGCCGACUCAAGUCACAGACUGAGAAACUGGACCAGGAGAAGCAGAGGAUGACCGACAAGCUGGAGGACACCGGUCUGAGGCUGAAAGAUGAGAUGGACCUCUACAGGAAGAUCAUGGACAAGCUCUGGCAUAAUCGCCAUGAGUUUCAGAAGGAAAAGGAGGCCAUGCAGGAGUUGAUCGAUGAUCUCCGCCGGGAGCUGGAGUAUCUGCAGUUGUUUAAGCUGGAAAUGGAGCAUCCAGGACAGAGCAAAGGGCUGUCUGAGUUCAACGCCAGGGCCAGAGAGCUCGAGAUGGAACAUGAAGUCAAGAGACUGAAACAGGAGAACCAUAAGCUGCGGGAUCAGAACGACGACCUGAACGCUCAGAUUCUCAGUCUGAGUUUGUACGAGGCUAAGAACCUGUUUGCCUGUCAGACCAAGGCCCAGUGCCUGGCAGCUGAGAUCGACAACGCAUCAAGGGAUGAACUGGUCGAUGCCUUGAAGGAGCAGGAGGAGAUCAACCUGCGUCUGAGGCAGUACAUGGACAAAAUCAUUCUGGCUAUUCUCGACCAUAACCCCUCCAUCCUGGAGAUCAAGAGUUAAAGGCCACACACACACGCAAGCACUUGUGUUUCUGUACUUACCUUAAAGUUAUAAUCUUCAUGAUUUUAGUCCUGGUUGGAUACUGGUGGGAACAGCAGCAAGCACUCUGACAGAAGUAUAGAAGUAUUUGUUCACAGUGCAGCCAAACCAACUCAAGAAGUCAGUCAAUCGUGCCAUCCACGCUGCAUCCUGCAUGUCAUACACUGAUUCACUGAUUACCAUCUUUUGUUUUAUAGACACAUCUUUAGCAGUAAACGUGAGGACGUGCUGUGUUAGCAUUAGCAGUAACACUGGAUUACAUACUGCAUCGUUUCACUCCGCCAAUAACAAUAAAAACUGCUCGAUAGAGACCAUUACUGAAUCCAAAUACAAUAAAUGACAAGUGCUGGAAAGAAUGGUGGCGAUGAAAAAUUAUAAAAAUCAGAAUUAUAACUUUAAACUGGAGCCCAAAUUCUGAAUGCCCUAAAUGUUCUCACCACUUAUAACUGAAUCACACACACUGUAGAACUGAUGUCUCAUGUUGAAUCUGUCCACCAACUUUUAUAAUUCUAUAUUUGAAACCUAGGGAAUGGAAAAUAUUUGGGAAUACGCAAAAACAUAUUUUGUUGUUCACUUUAUUUCUUUUACACUCUGUAGUAAUUGUGACUCAUUCUAAUGGCGGGCUACAUUUAAGGAGUGUCGGACAUAAAACUAUUCAAAGGACCAUACCAGUGUUUGCCAUGUUUUGUACAAAGCAGUUUUGAACACCGUGGUUGUCAAUAUUGAGGAAAAAGCAAGCUACCAUUAUAAAAGCUAGUUCCCUUUCAUACCAUAUGGGAAUGAAAGGGAAGCAGUGGAAGCAUCAGAGGAGGAACAGAAUAGUUGUAUAAGAGGAGCAUAUUGACAUCAGUCUCAUGUCGUGUUCGAUACCAAGCUGGAGUCAGGACAUGGUUAGCUUAGCAUCUGAAGAUCACUAAUCAACAGGUUGUAUGUAGUUAGUUUAAUCUAUACACAAACACAAAUGUAAAAAGACAAGUUGUAGUUUUAGAGGGAGUUGUGUUUUAGAAGUAUUUCUUGAUGAAUCGAUGUUGAACAAUUUCUUAAAAGAAAUCUGAAAUAAAAGAUAUGGUCAAUGUAAAGUAUUUGUGUUUAUGUACAGAAUGGCUACAACUUGCAUAAACACUGAUAUGGUUCUUUUCGGUGACACAGCUUCUAACCCUUUAAUGUGGCCGUCUCAACACAGCUGAAGGUCCACAUGGUUCACAGCUCGAUGCUGUCAUCGGGCUGUGAGGGACAAUUCAGUGCUGUAAAAGGUAUUCAAAGGUGCUAAGAGCCAAUGAUAUGUGCCAAAUGAUGUCACUGUUUUGAUCAUACUGGUUAUACACUUAUAUCUCUCAUACCAAUGUGUCACUAUGAAAUGUCACCAACUGGAGCUGAAGAGCUGGAAACAUCUGACUUGUUCGUUCACAAAUCCUCUUCAAGGCGUUUGUUCGUAUUGUACAUGCACAUGGCCGGCUGUAUGUUUCACAGUACUGAGCAUCAGACCAGGCAACAAAGGCAGAGAAGAGGCUAAAGAUGCAUGUAAACAAUGCAGGACUUUGCAAAUGUUUUAUGGGGAAUGAGUAAAUAUACUGCAUUUAUAAAGUGCUAUUCUAGUUUAUAAGUGUUUUACAGUCAUGCAAGCUGCCAACUGGCUCAUCAGGAGUGGUCAGUAAGUGUCUCAUGGGGAUUGAACCGGCAAACUUCUGGUUACUGAAAACUGCUCUACCUCCUGAGCAGUAGCGCUAAACGGGCCUCCUUUAAGUACGGUUGUUUAUAUAAUGUUCUCUAGCCUCUUACAAACACAGUAAUUACUGAUUUAUUCAUCGGGACGAUUUGUUCUAUAGAAAAAAAGCUCCUGCUUACUAUAAGCAACCUACGGAUUCAAAACGCCAGUGUCUUUAGGGGAACCACUUUACCUAGGUUGUGAAUUAGUCUCACUUGACAUAAUUUCACCUUAAUAUUUGACUUAAACAUUGUUUCACACAAUGUGAGAGGCACAGUGUGAUCUGAGUAUUAAUGGUGUUGCACAGGCGUGAGCUGCUAUAGUGAGGACAAUAUUACGCUUUGCUCCAUUGCACAAAUUGUUCACACAGUGAUUUAUUUUGCAUAGUUUAUUUACUUGUUCUUUCACAGGCUUUGUGCAUUAGCAUACGAGGUAUGAAAAUGUGUAAUUCAAGCAGUCCAGCUAUGAUUUUGCUCAUUGUUUCCAUUGUGAGUGAUCUUUUUUUAUAUUGACUUUAUCUUAAGACACAUUUGUGAUUUCAUACAUUGUAAAUGUUGUACAGAAUCUAGUUACUAUUUAUGUGCAAGUCAUUUUGCUUAUUAAAAAGUCUCUUGGAUAGUUUUGACACAAAAUGUGUUGUAGAUUAUAAUAUGAAGUCAAUAAUACAUAGCACACUUAAAAGUGUCAUAGCCAAAGUAUUUAACUGGAAUAAUAUUAAACAUGUUGAAAUAUAUUAGUCUGUAACAUCUCACGUUUGUUCACUUUGAUUUAUUUUACUUGUGUAUCGCACAUGGAGUUAUGGGUGAAACUAGAUGUGUAAAUAAAAUAUAUUGCUUUGGCAUGA